AUGGCCUCGCAUGUAACUGUCAUCGGUACAGACCUGCGCCGGGCAACGGUCAAGGUCACACCAGGCACCUACAUGACGGACGUUCUUCAGGAGGCCUGCAAGAAGCUUGGUCUUCCAGCGGAUAAGUAUCUUUUGAAACACAAGCAGAAGAACGUCGACCUGUCCAUCGUCUGGCGACAAGCUGGGCUUAGCCCCGGCGCGAAACUUGAACUUGUUCAGAAAUCGAAAACACCGUCUGCCGUUUCGGUCGCACUUCAACUCCCUCCUCCGGAAUCCAGCGUCACACCCAAUGGUCGCUUGGUGGAGAAGUUGCCUAGUGAUCUGUCCGUAUGGCAAGUGCUGCGCCAGUUCGAGAGCGGGAACGCCAGCCAGGGGAAGAACUUGAACCUUACUGCACGCGGGGUCGCCAACAUCGAUACCGGGGCAAAGAGCGGGAGUGGCCAGCUCUAUUACGAGACGCCAGUACUCAAUAUCAUGGGGAGAGAGCUGGCUUCCUUUUCGGACUUCCAGAAGACCUUGUCACAGCUGGGGUACAAUUCGGGAAGCGUUCUGAUGCGCCUGUCAUUCAGGUUGACGGAAAAGACACUAUAUGAGGCUAUGAGCGAGAUCAGCCAGCACUUCCCCGACGUCGAGACGCCUCGCAAGGAACCGACCACGGCCAGCUCUGCAUCCACGGCCAUGCCAGCCCCAACUCUCGAAAGUGAGGACACCGCGAAGGAACCAUCAGAAAGUACCGCUCCGGCCGCCUCGACAGAACAGUCCCACUCUGUGGGAGGAGAUACCAUGGAUGUAGACUACCCCGGUCCUUCCGAUCCGUUACAGCCAGUCGGUGUCUUCCAGGCCCCAACAGGCACCACCCCGGCCGCAGCUCUGGCGGCGGUUUCAGAGACCGACUUCAGCCCUACCGUCGCCCACGCUCAGCUUCAUCAAAUCCGCCUGCAGCAGGCGUCCCAGAAUAAGCGCCUUUUAUCGGACAAGGAGCUCGAGGACCGAGCAAAUGCUGAAAAAGCCAGACUUGCCUCCGUCUCUUCCGUUGCCAUCAAAGUGCGGUUCCCUGACAACACCUCAGCUCAAUGGUCUUUCGGUCCCGAGGCCACAGGAGCAUUGCUGUACAAAGCGGUACGCUCCGUAAUGGCACACGACAGCCAGCCUUUCAAGCUUGUCCUUCCCGGAACCAGAACAAUCAUUACAAAUUCUGACAAUGCGGAUUAUCGCCUCGUUCACAAUUAUAAGCUGACGCGGAACGUACUCGUCAACUUCAUUUGGGAUAGCACCGUCUCAGUUGACGUUCGGAAACAGCCAUUCCUCAAGGGAAGCAUCGCACAACAGGCAAAAGCCGUCCAAGUGCCAGAUAUACCCCAAGAGGCAGAUGAUAGCAAGGAAAGCGGACGGGCAGUACAGCCAUCCAAGCCGGAGAGCAACGACCGGACUGAGCGUGUGGCUAAGAAGCUCCCCAAGUGGUUUAAGCUUCCAGGCAAGAAAUAG